AUGAGCUUUGGUUUUGGCGUCGGUGACUUUUUAGCUGUUUUGAAGCUAGCCAAUACUGUGCGAAAGCAAUUCAAAGAUGCACCCAGUCAAUUUAAAUCUAUAUCUGACGAUUUCCUUCAUAGUGUCAAGCUGCUAUCGAACGUCCUCCGGGAUAUCGAGGAUGACGAUCCGAAUGAAACCUUGAAAGACACCCAAAAAGACCAAUUGAACGAGAUCUCUAGGAGCUGUACAGAGAUACUCAGCGAGCUACACGCGAUCAUCAACAAACACCAGUCGCUCGACAACUCAGCGCAACCAAGCAUCAAGAAGGUUGGCGAUAGGGUAUGGAAACGGUUAAAUUGGGAUCAGAAAGAAAUUUCUGAUUUUCGACAACGCCUUUCUACAAACAUUGACUCGUUCAAUUUGUUUUUGACUCAUGUGACAAAGCAAAUGGCAGUCACCACUCAGCAUGGAGUCACUCAGCUUCUUGAAUACCAAGAUGCCGAAAAACAUGAAAAAUGUCUUGCGUGGCUCUCAUCCCUGGAUCAUGAUGCCAAACAGGUUGAUUUUUUCAGUCGCGUGCAAGAAGGCACUGGAAAAUGGCUUCUGGCUUCGGCCGAGUUUAAGAACUGGCUCAGUCUCAAUGGUUUAGCUGAUCGAAAUCUUGAACCACAGACUGCUGAGGAGCAUCGUACUCUGUUUUGCCCGGGUAUUCCUGGCGCGGGAAAGACCUUUCUGUCGUCCAUAGUUAUCAACCAUCUUCAACAACUCCUCCGACCAGAUGAUGUUGCUCUUGCCUUUUUCUUCUGUAACUUCAGAGAAAAGGUAACCCUAAAUGAGAUGCUUGGCUCUUUACUCAAGCAGCUUGUUCGGCAGCAAUCAUCCAUUCCUCAAUGUCUAGUGGACUCGUUCAACAACAGGGCACGUAUCACUACGAGCGGUUUUAUGACUUGUCUCAAAUCCAUGUUUUCCACAUUCUCAAAAGUGUUCAUUGUCAUCGACGCAUUGGAUGAAUGUCACCUUCCAGACAAUCUCCGAACAACAUUCCUUUCAGAGCUCAGGGCUCUCCAAGAAAACUUCAACUUGCGUGUAUUUGCGACUUCUCGAGACGAUCAGGGUAUUCCUGCUUUAUUCGAAGGCUGCACGACUCUGAAAGUUCGGGCCAGCCCAGAUGAUGUCAAGAGGUUUCUUGCUGGACGAGUCGGAGUACUCCCAGCAUUUGUCCAGAAAAGAUCAGACUUACAGGAAGAAAUCAUAACGCAAAUCUCGAAGUCCAUCGAUGGAAUGUUCCUCUUGGCUCGUUUGCACCUUGACUCUUUGCGGGGAAAACGCUCACCCAAGUUGAUUCGACAAGCACUCCAGACCCUGCCAACGGGCUUAGACGCUGCAUACGGCGAGGCAAUGAGCCGCAUCGAGAAUCAAUACCACGACGAGGUUGAGACUGCAAAAGAUGUUCUUUGCUGGAUUUCUUGCGCAACAAGACCUCUCACCCCUAUCGAAUUGCAACAUGCCCUUGCUAUCGAAGACGACCAAUGUUUUCUUGACGAAGAUAAUAUCCCUGAUAUUGAGAGUUUGGUCUCAGUAUGCGCGGGGCUUGUUACAGUUGAUGACCAGAGUGGUGUUGUCAGACUGGUGCAUUAUACGAUGCAAGACUUCUUUGAUCGAACUAAAGAUACAAUUUUUCCGGAUGCCCAUCAUACAAUAGCGACUCGCUGCAUUGGCUACCUUUCCUUUGACGUGUUCAGCGAUUUAUCGCACGCGACCACUGAUGACCAAUUCGACGUCCUAUUUAGAGACAACCCUCUCACUGAAUACACCGCCAACAAUCUGCAACAUCACAUUCACCAGCAAUAG